AAUGUGGGAAGAGUUUCAGGAAGAGCUCCCAUCUGCUCCGACACCAGCACAUCCACACAGGGAAAUGGCCGUACAUGUGUAGGGAGUGUGGGAAGAGCUUCAGAGACAGCUCUGAUCUCCUCAGCCACCAGCGCAUCCACAGUGGAGAACGGCCCUACACGUGCGGGGAAUGUGGGAAGAGCUUCAGUGACAGCUCCAACCUCCGCACCCACCAGCACAUCCACACUGGGGAACGGCCCUACACAUGUGGGGAAUGUGGGAAGAGCUUUAACCAGAGCUCCACUCUCCGUUCCCACCAGCGCAUCCACACCGGGGAACGACCCUACAAGUGCUUGGAAUGUGGGAAGAGGUUUAGCACCAGCUCCAAUCUCCACACGCACGAGCGGACGCACACGGAUGAGAGGCCCUUCCGCUGCACCGACUGCGGGAAGGGCUUCAACCGGAACUGCACCCUCGUCAGGCACCGGCGCAUCCACACUGGGGAGAGGCCCUACAAGUGUGGGGAGUGUGGGAAGAGCUUCGCCCAGAGCUCUACCUUGACCUCACACCAACAGACCCACCAGUAAGGG